AUGGACUGCCUUGAUGAUAGCAUGUGGCAGCUCUCGGAUUUCCGUAGAAGUGGUCGACGCAUUGCUCCAAGCCAGGGUAUCGAUCCUAAUCUCCAGGACGACUUUGGAUGGACAGCUUUGAUGCUGGCUUCGAGGCGUUCCGGGGCGGCAGAUAUCGUCGAUAGGCUACUCCAGGAGAACCGAGUUGACGUCCAUUUACGGGCCAAAGAUGGAUUGAACGCGUUGAUAGUGGCAUCGAGGUAUGACGAGGAUCGUGCUGUCGAGAGACUGCUUCGGGUGGAUGGGAUCGAGGUUAACGCACAAGACGAAAGUGGUAGAACGGCUCUGAUGUGGGCGGCGUACGUUGGAGAUCGAACAUCCGUCGAGCUGCUACUUGGGCACAAAGAGGUCCAGGCGGACAUGGUGGACAGGGAGGGGAAUUCAAUUGCUUUUCUCCUUUUGAAAUGGAAUACUGUCCUUUCGCACGAGUUUGGUACUGUGAUGCAAGACGACGAGAGGGCGAAAGCUUCGUACACCGGGUCUGAUUCGAUGCAGGUACAGUCCACUUGGAAAGCGGACGCAUACGGCCCAUUCGCCUGA